AUGAACAGCGCCAGCAGCGGCUCUAGCGGUAGUGAAACCGACGACGACUCGAUGGUAGCAUUUGAACGCACGUUUGAAUCCAUCUCAUCACAUCCAACACGCGACAGCGCACAGAAUGCUAUUGCAUUACUGCCAUUUGGCUCUCACUUUAUGUACCAGUACGCGUUUGUGCGCUCUAAAGGACAUCAGACAUCUGGGUAUAGGAACACGCUUCACCUGAAAUGCGAGAAGUAUGUCAGAAUAGCAGAAGUGAUUGACUUGAAGUCGUCGUUUGUCUUGGAAGAAGCUGGGGAGCACAAAGGAAUCUCUACCGGGCGGGCCGUAGACGGAAUCCGAUUGUUUCUGAAGCGUGAGGCCGAUACGAUGCUUUUAGGGGGCGCGGGGCCUAAGAAGUGUUUGCAACUACUUCUGGCAAGACAUGAAAAAGACGCUGAUGUGAUGGGGCAGCUUCCAACUGAGGGGCAGCUCAAAAACAGCAAGGCAUACUUGAAAAAGUCAACAGCGGGAGGCUGGACUUUGGUAGACAUUGCUGUCCGGCUGGCUGAGCAGUAUUGUUUUGUGCAUCUGAACCUGGCGUUUGGUAGUCUGGACCAUGCCAGCUAUAUCACCAACGCGUACGAAAACUGUCUGCAACACCUCGAUUGCUGGCCACACCUCGCAAGAAAGGCUCGGGAGCGAGUAUGCAAUGACCAGAGUGCGAAAGUAUAUGACGCUACUGUGCUGCCGCUACUACGAAACUUACACGAAUCUCGGUCCCGUGACCAAAUUUAUGCGCUGUCGAAGGUCCAGGGCGGCUUGCCUUGA